UAUUCCGACUUCUUUCAUAACACUCUUCCCUGCAGUUAUAAUACAUAAAGAAAGCUGUUCAACACAUCGCUACUUAGCAGACCCACAUUCGGUUAAAGUCCGUAGGUGCUCUUUCUUUGCUGGCAAGAAAACUGCGAUGACAAUUGAAGUUAGUCUAUUAUUGAUCUGACUAGGCGCAUUGUGUGAAGCGCCUUCCGCCGUGUAGGCCAGAGCCUCGGCGCUGAAUUGCUAAAAUAAAUUAGAAACGUAGGCGCUACUUAAGCAAAAUGAGCGGACUUCAGACACCACAGGAGUUGGAGGAGAACCUGCGCCAGUAUCGGGAACAGCUGGCGCAGGUUGAGCAGCUGCUCAUGAUGGGCAGCGACGAGGAGAUGCCUGGACAAGACCUACAGGAUAUGUAUCAAAGCCUGACAGAGGUUAUACAAUUAACGGAAGAGCUGCUUAGAGAUGCCUUAGAGCAGCAGCGGAUUGCUAUGGCCGCAGCCGGCGCCAGCGCAGCUACGUCAGCAGCUGCCGCAACCUCAGCAGCUGAUGCGGAUGCCGCUGCUGCAGCUGCAGCUGCCGCUGGCGGCUCCGCUGCUGGGGGCCCCGUGGCAAAGAUUGUGACGCCGCCUGCACUCAACCUGCCCGCCAUCCUGCCCGCAUCCGUGGCAGAGCAGAUUCGCAAGGCGCAGAUCCGUGCUGCGCUGCUGGGUCAGGCGCCCGCCGAGUGGGCCAUAGGGGCGCCCUGCCAGGCGGUGUACAGCGCGGACGGGGAGUACUACGAUGCCACGGUGGAGGCGGUUUCGGAGGCGGGGAACUUCAUCGUGGUGUUUGAUGGCUACGGGAACAAGGAGGAGGUGGGGCUCACGGGUGUACGGCCGCGGCCCAGUGCGGAGGAGGGCUACCGGGGGGUUGCAGCCCCCAAGCGGAAGCGAGUGGAGGAGGAGCCCGUGGUCACGGAGAUACCCAAGUGGCUGGCCAUUAAAGAAACGGACGACGAGAAGACCAAGGCGCGCAAGAAGAAGCUGCUCAAGAGCUUUAAAUCCAAGAUCCGUUUUCAAAAUAUGGAUCUGGCGCAGAAGCAGAAGCAGGACAGCUGGCAGUCCUUCCUCAAGGGCAAGGGCAGCAAGAAGAAGACGGGGUUCCUGACAGGGUCGGUCAAGAAGGGUUCUAUCUUCUCCGUGCCGGAGGGGGUGCUGGGCAGCAAGGUGGGCGUCGUCGGCAGCGGGCGUGGCAUGACGGACUACGGCAAGAAGCAGAGACACGAGUUCCAAGAGGGAGAGGAGGACUGAGAGGGUGCGGGAGGAAAAUCCUGGAAAAGGUUUUUUGAGUUGGUUUCCAACCUUGCAAAGGGGGGCGGGGCGGGACUGCGGCAGGGCGUGGAUUGAGGGCGAGAGGCAUGUCGUUGCCGGGGAGACCCAGGACUUCCCGGGCUAUUUUUGCAAGGAAGGCCUGGAAGCAUGUGUUUGAGCGUGCGUAUGCUGCGAAUGGCUACACUCACUGGUCAUACUGAAGUAGCGCAGUUCCAUCUGGUUGUACUGGGGUACGGAGCGUUUGCCACGACGACCGUACUAAUUUCCCGACAAGAUUGAAUAGAACGAGGCGACAUGCAUCCAAGAAGGGUGGUGUUAAAAAACACCGAUUUUGUAUACGAAACGCAGUGAAAGAAG